AUGAAGUUCGUUCUACGUUUUCCUCUUCUCAAAGGGAACAACAACAGAUCAAAACAAACAAUGUCAUCAAAGGUGACAAUACUAGCAUUCUCAACCCUAGCUAUAUUCAUUCUGGCCACAAUUUCUUGUUCUUUGUUGAAUUACCAUUCAUUGUGGAAGAUCAAUGAAUACCAGAAGGUAUCCAUUGAAUUUGAUGAUGGUAUGAAUGAGACAGAAAGCAUGCCCCCAACACCACCUGUGAAGAAGUGUGACAUUUUCAGAGGGGAAUGGGUGCCAAAUCCUGAGGCACCAUACUACACAAACACAACAUGUUGGGAAAUUCAUGAGCACCAAAAUUGCAUGAAGUUUGGGAGACCUGAUUCGGAGUUCAUGAAGUGGAGGUGGAAGCCAAAUGACUGUGAACUCCCCAUAUUCAACCCUUUUCAGUUUCUGGAAAUUAUGAGGGGAAAAUCCAUGGCUUUUGUUGGAGACUCCAUUGGCAGAAAUCACAUGCAGUCAAUGAUUUGCCUCCUGUCUAGGGCGGAGUGGCCCGUAGAUGUAUCAUACACAGAUGACUAUUCCUUCAAAAGAUGGAAGUACUCAAACUACAACUUCACAAUGGCUACUUUUUGGUCACCCUAUCUAGUUAGAGCUGAAGAUGUUGAUGCAAAUGGUGAUCUCAUCAAUGUUUAUCUUGAUGAGUUUAAUGAAAAAUGGACGUCUCAAAUUAAUGAGUUUGACUAUGUCAUUAUCAAUGGAGGACAGUGGUUCUUGAGGCCAAUGAUGUUCUAUGAGAAACAUAAGAUUGUUGGAUGUCAAUAUUGUGCCUUGGAAAAUGUCACUCAUUCGACAUGGCACAAUGGCUUUAAGAAGGCUUUCAGGACUGCAUAUAAAGCGAUCAUCAGUUUGGGAAAGUCCAAGGGUGUAACAAUUCUUAGAACGUAUGCACCAUCUCAUUUUGAGAAUGGGGUGUGGGAUAAAGGUGGGAAUUGUAUAAGAACUAAGCCAUUUAAAAGUAAUGAAGCAAGGUUAGAAGGCUACAAUUUUGAGUUAUACAACAUUCAAUUGGAGGAGUUCAACCGUGCUAAGAAACAAGCUAUAAAGAAAGGUUUGAAAUUCAUCUUACUUGACACCACACAGGCGAUGCUACUGAGGCCAGAUGGUCACCCCGAUAAAUAUGGGCACCGGCCACAAGAUAAUGUGUCAUUAGCUAAUGAUUGUGUGCAUUGGUGCUUGCCAGGGCCUAUAGACUCAUGGAGUGAUUUUCUAUUAGAGAUGUUGAAAAUUGAAGGGAUUAGGUCUGCUGGUUCAUUUAUAAACAAAAUUGUUAAUUAG